CAUUUCGGUCGGUGCCCUGCCCAAUUCGCCAUGUCGUUACGGUCCUAAUAUAUGCGAUUGUAGUCCUCACCCUGUGCUUAUAAACGCAAUUAGUGCACAUACGGGGAGCAUCAGACUGUCUGAGUGCAAGCAUGAGACUCCAUUGCUGUUCUCUCGCCGUCCUCCUGCUCCCUCUCCUUCUCGCCUCAGCCACCGAUUUCGAUUUCUUCUACCAUGUCCAGCAGUGGCCCGGCUCGUUCUGCGACACGACGGGCGGCUGCUGCUUCCCGGGCAACGUGAAGCCGGCGGCGGACUUCGGCAUCCACGGCCUGUGGCCCAACUACGCCGCGUGCCGCCCCGCCGGCGAUACCAACAGGACCAGGUGCUGGCCGGACUUCUGCAACGCCGGCGACACCUUCAACCCGUCGCUGAUCAGCGACCUGAGGAGCGACAUGGACCGGAACUGGGGGACGCUGUCGUGCAGGAGCAACGACAGCACGGCCUUCUGGAGCCACGAGUGGAGCAGGCACGGCACCUGCUCCAACAUGGACCAGCACGCCUACUUCCUCGCGGCGCUCCGGUACAAGGCCCGCUUCAACCUCACCCGCAUCCUCCUCGACGCCGGGAUCGCGCCGUCGGAGGAGAGGACGUACUGCGUGGGCAGCAUCCGGGACGCCAUCGGGGAGGCGACGGGGUCGGCGCCUGGCAUCGAGUGCAACCGGAACGCGCGCAACGAGACGCAGCUGUACCAGGUGUACCAGUGCGUCGACCUCGCCGGCACCGGCCCCGUCCCCUGCCCGGCGGUGCCGAUGCAGAGCCGCUGCACCGACCAGGUCAAGUUCCCCGCGUUCUAGCUGGAGCCCAGGGCAUGUGACGCGGUAACCUUUCAAUGCCGGCCGGCCGGCCGGCGCUGCACAAUGUUUGACGGGGCGAACGGCAGCGCGCGGUCGUUUUCACUGUAGUUUUACUAAGUCUCAGUUGAUGCUAUAUCACCAGAUCUUGCAUUGAGAUCUGUGUAAUUUUUUCGACUGAGACAUAGCUACGCUCUUUCACUAUUUUGUCUUUCGCUUAGAUUCCAAAAGCUCGCUAUACAUUGUUCCCGUUCAUUCGCGGUAACAGGUAAUUAAGUAUUUUUUUGAUAAGGGAUGAAUUUUAUAUUGAUUUAAUAUGAAGCAUUAAGAGGACGCACCUACUACAUACUC